AUGGCAAGAAAAAAUAAUAAAUAAAAAAAGAAAGCUUAACAUGAAUUCAUGUUAUAAAAAGAAUUAGAAUAAUAGUAAAAGAAAGAAUUGAAAUAAUAAAAAAAAAUAGAGAAGGAGGAAAAUAAAUGGAUUGAUGAUUUAGAUGAUCUAGAAAUAGAUUCUGAAGAACAUGUAUUUGGAUUGAAGAAGAAAAUAAAAAAAGAUAAAAAGAACAAAAAAACAAAGAAAGAAGUAUGGAAUACUUAAAUUUUAGAAAAAAAUAAUUAAAAAACAAGAAAGUAGAGUUGAUGCAGCUCGUAGAAAAAAGAGAGAAAGAAAAGCAAGAAAAAAUCCUAUUAGUUAUUCUAAAGAUAUUGAAAUGUGA